AUGAAUGCUUCGACGGUCAACCGAAUGCCAUCACUGGCAAGAUCCGCAACAACAUUCGAAGACCUCCCGACUGAGAUCCGUCAGUACAUCUUGGAUCUUGCCAUCCCCAAGACCAGCAUCACGAAGAUCGACGGUAUCGAGAUGGUCUUCCUGGAGUGGGUGCCUCGUUGGAUGGAGGGUUUGACGCGUGUCGCGCGACAUUGGCCAGAUCUGGUGCGCCCAACAUUCCACCGACGAGUCAUCAUCUAUCUGGAGAAGCACUAUGGCCUCGAGAGAUAUGGCAUUCGACGACAAAGAGAUCACCUCACCGAGAGACGGUUGGAAGAGAUCGAGCAGUCCAGAAAGGCCGAUCGAGAUAGUGAAGAGAUUCACGUGAAGGUAUGA